CAUUCCCAGGCCUCCCGCUUCCCGGUGGAGCUUGGCUCUGUGAGGGAUCCAGAUGCCCAGGUAGGGCGUCUGCAUCGCCUAGCAAUGGCUGGAGGCCCGUGCUGGGGCCUAGCCAGGCUUCUGCGCAGAGAAUUAAGUCUCUUGAGUGGUGGUGGCUCGCGCUCACGCCUUUAAUCUCAGCACUUGGGAGGAAAAGGCAAGCCAAUCUCUGUGAGUUCAAGGCCAACCUGGUCUAAGAGUGAAUUCCAGGAGAUCCAGGAUUACAGAUUACUGUCUUGGAAACAAACAAAUGAAGAAUUAAAUCUGUUUUUGUACUGAGUAUCAUGCUUACUAUUGGGAUUUAUAAAUAUAAUUAUAACUAGUAAUUCCCAUCUAUGUUUUCCGAAGUUUUUUUCUCCCUAAUUAUACACAGGUAUUACAUUUCAUCAACUUCUCUUUUUCUAUAUCUACAAAGUUAAAAUGUGAUUUUUUUUUCUUGCCACUGGUGCUAGAGAUAGAACCCAGUGCCUUAUUCAUGCCAGGCAAACACUUUGCCACCAAGCCACGCCCCCAGCCCCUCACUGGGGGAUUCUAGGCAGGGGCUCUACCACUGAGCCACACCCCCAGCCCCUCACUGGGGGAUUCUAGGCAGGGGCUCUACCACUGAGCCACACUCCCAGACCCUCACUGGGGGCUCUACCUCUGAGCUGUCCAAGACAUAUUAAUGUUGUCCUUUAAUCCAUGAAAGUUUACUACAUUGAUAGGUUUUCUUAGGUUGAGUCAUGACUGCUUCCUGGGGACAUGUUGGGUUUACACCUCUGUGUUCAUAAAUGGAAUUCAUGUAUAGUUUUACUAUCUGGUUCUAGAAACUGCCAUCCAGGCUGGCCUCAUAAAACAAGCUUUACCCUCUCCAUGUAUUUUCAUUUUGGAACAACUUGGUCUAGUCCUAGUGACAGUUUGUGUUUUAGGAAGAUGACUUUGGGACACAGGUUGGGAGUGGAAAACCAGUUGUCACUUCAGAUGAUGGUAGAGAGCUGUGAGUAAAAGUGAGGCCGAGAAUACGCUGCCCAGAGGUUCCAGAAGGGCAGCCUUUGGCCCCUGACCUGGACACCUCUGGUCUGGGGAGGAUAAGUACUGUCAUGGCAGACGGUCGUCUCCCCUUUGUUCUAGCUCUAUGGAGCUUCCAGUGCACUGUGUUGAGGUGCUGGUUCCAGGGCACAAAAGUGGAACCUGAAAUCAAGGCAUUGGUGUGCUAGCUUCGAGGCCAUGGGCCAUGGCUAGGGCAGAACCAGAGGUGACAGUGGGAUGGGUGAAGAAAGGGGCAGAACAAGCACCGAGCUGAAGGCAGACAGCGGAGGCUGGAAUUGACUGGUGUGUUUGCCUAAGGCCUGGGGCUGUAAUAGAGUAGUGUUUACAAUGCUCAGUGUCUUGGGUUGGCUCCUGAGCGCGCUCUGUACCAGUCAUGGUAGCACACACCUGUAGAUCGCAGCACUCAAGACAGGAGAAGCACAAGUUCGUGGCCAUCCUUGGGUACAUACUGAGUUCCAGGCUAGUCUGGAAUACAUGAGAUGUGUGCUGCCUGGUGGCUGGAAAGACUUCUAGGAAUCUGGAGAGUGUACAGUCUUAAGCUUUCUGUCCCUCAGUGGUCCAGGUAGAUGGAGAGAACUCUGCUGGGCAGACAGCGCUCUUCCUGUCCGCACUACUGGGCCAUACUUCCGCUGUGCGCCUCCUACUGGCCUUUGGCGCCAACCCCAACCAGUGAGUGGAUAGGUCCCUAUACCCAACACUCCCAGGGUACAAAUCCCCUUCUAUCCCUGUAGUGCCCUCCCUGUCCUCGGUUACCCUCUUCUUGCUCGCUACUGACUGUGUCUCUAGUGCCUCCCAGAACUCACAAAGGUCAGCUCAUCCCUUGUGUUCUCACGUGACCCACCCACAUGACUCCUCCCAUCCACUCAGACCCCAUCCAGCUCCCUGCCCCCCGUUUUCAUCCACCCCGCCCUUCCCUCCUCUUCUGUCCUAGCCGCUGCCUCGAUGGCAGCACACCCACGCACGCAGGUGCCUCCUCGGGCCGAGGCUUGGUGCUGUGGCACCUGCUGCAGGCAGGAGGUGACCUGCGUCUGCGUGACCAGCAGGGUCGCACACCACGAGACUGGGCUGAGCAGGGUGAUACCAAGCAGAGGUGGGAGGUGAGUUGUGUCCAGGGCAGAGUGGAACCAUCAAGGCCAGCACGUGCUCCGAGGCUGACCCUGUGCCCCACCCAGGUGCUGGAGCUGAUGCAGUGGUGCCGGACCCACAUGUCAGCACUGGUGCAGAGUGGGGAGUUGGCGCCCAGUGUGUCCCUGAGUCAGUUGCAAGCUAGCUCUGGACACAGCCUGUGUGGCUCCCUGCCCUCACUAAGGCUGGUCCAGGCAGACAGGGCACUGAGGCAAGGGCAGAUCAGAAGCUCCCCCAAAACCCCAGCAUUGGGGUUCGGCCAGCUGAGCAGCCUGCAGCCACCAGCACUGAUAUCGGGCAUCCCAGUAGUAGACCCCAAGGAGCUGGUACCAACCCAGGGUGAGCCUGACCGUACCUACGACAGCAGUUCUCAUACCAUCAUGACCAACCUCCUGUGGAAGGGCCACCCAGUUACCGUACGGCAGCUGAAGAGCCCUGAAUCCAGCCCUGAUGUGCUAUUGGCUGACCUUCAGCACUGCAGCAUCCUGCACCACCCUGGCCUGCUGCUGCUGAUGGCACUGAGCCCCUCAGAGGACCUGUCUAGACUGAGUCUGCUCUUCGAGCCAGUGUGGCUGGGCUCCCUUUAUAUCCUGUUGCAUUCUGCAAGACUGGAUGAGAAAUGUCCCCCAUCCCUGCCAGGCCUGCUGCCUGGCCCUCUGCUGCUACAGGUGUUGGAGGCCCUGUUGUUCCUGCAGUCCCGCUGCUGGGCCCACGGUGGCCUGAGUUCCCAUGCUGUGCAGCUAGUGCGGCCAGGCCUGGCUAAGGUGAGCCACCUAGAACACGGGCGUCCACUGCACCAGCCCAGGCUGCAGCCCAGGCUGCAACAAGACUGCCCCCAGAGAGACCCAAAUCCAGGGCUGCCCCCACCCCCUGAACUGUACCCAUGGCUACCACUUGAGCUGAUCCGUGGUGACGUGCCAGCCCCUACCUCAGACCUCUACAGCUUCUGCGUCCUGGCCCAGGAGGUCUUCACUGGAGAGCUGCCCUGGGCUGGAGGAGAGGGCCUUGAGGUGAAGGCUAAGCUGGAGGCAGGUCAGAGUCCAGGCCUGGACCCCUUGUUGCCAGCCCCAUACCAGGCCUUGGUUCAAGCUGGACUGGGUCUAGAGCCUGCUGACCGCUGGGGCAGCUUGCAGAGCACUCGGUACCUGUUGCGAAAGGCCAUGGCCAAGGACUCAGCACCCAACGUCAGCUCCCCACUAGAAUGGACAACACUGUCUCCUGUAACCCUGGGUUCCCUGCCAGAGCAUCUGUACUGUGAAGGGGCUCCCAGGGCCAGGGCCAGGGCCAGAUCCAGGCUUGUGCUCCCUUUCCCAGACCCUUCUCAGGCUCUGGGGACUCCUGAGACCACAGGUCACGGUAGGGGCCAACAGAAUGCAGCCUGGGACUCCGGCAGUAGCUUGACUCUAGGCAGUAGCCGUAGCCCCAGCCCCAGCCCCAGCCCCAGCCCCAGCCCACACUGUUGCCCGGAGCCCAUCUCAAUAGUACGGAUACCCCUACCCCACGCUAAACCAGCAGCCCCUGCCUCCAGAAGUCUCCCAGUUCCCUCCGCUCUGACCUGUUCCUUGAGCAGCCUCCCUGCAGGGAGGAAGUUCUGUCAGAGUCUAAGCUCUGCAGGGGCCACUGUAGCACACUUGGGGCUGCUAUCCUGAACCCCAGCCCAGGGAGUCCACCCCUGUAUGUGGCCAACAAAGAGGCUUCACCACCCUGAAAGCUGCUGCCAGGGAAGGCCAUAGAGGCCCAAAGACCCUGGCUCUGACCUCCGGGGCAGCUGUGGGCAGCGCCAACCUUUCCUCCUGCAGAAACCUGCUAGUGAGGAUCGUGAGCUGACAGAAGGCAGUCUCUUCUCCAGCCUACAGGAGUGAGAUAACACAGGCUGUGGUGGGCAGCCCGGGUCCCUCCCUCAUCCCUGAACUGAGCCCAGGUCUGCCUCUCCCCUACUGCUGCCCAGGAUGGAUCUGUUGGAGGAGAUCAUGGCAGAGAUGCAGAAUAAGUACAACCUCGAAGACAAGCCUGCCCUGAGUCCUACUCUCAGCCCAGACUCCUAGGGCGCCCUCUCAAGACUGACCCCAACCCUCAAUGUUUGCCUCAAAGCCAAGAGCAUGGAAAAUCCCCAGUUUGUCUUCAUUCACUGGCUCCAGCAACAAAUUUCUGCCAUUUUUAUUCA